UGGAAAAGGUGGAAGAUAUGAAUCAAGAGUUCCUUUUUCAAGGUCACUUCAUCGAUCUCAAAAAGAUUGAUAUUUGAUGAUGGCCUUCAUAAACACUAUGUUACCGGAACAAGCUGAAGUGAAAGAUCGUGCUGAUGAACUUCUUUCCCUAUGUAAACAAGCAAUAGCUGACUGUAGUACUGUAAAGCCGACACUGGAUUCACUUGAUAAAUUACGGUUUAAACAACGUGGUUCUAAAACUAAUAAAAGUCAGCUAAAGUCUUUAUAUAACCAAGCCCUUAAUGAAGCUGAACAACAAAAAGCGACACUUAUGGCUGCUUUAGAAAAGGUCUCAGAAAUUCGUGCUUUAGAAUAUAGGAUAAGGUCACUUGUUGGUCCAAAAAGUUUUCGUCGAGGUGUACUAAUGUCAGUCUUACAAGAAAAUGCUAAAUCUAUUCCACUUUGGGUUGGAAAACCUGGUGAGAGUCCUCCUGCUCUAUGUGGUGCGAUAGGACCAUCACCAAACAUUGCUGCUGAUCCUGGGGAUCACGUUGCUGCCCUCGUUCCUGAACCAGAUGUUGUAGCUGCUGCGUGUAACCUAUCUGAAGGUUGUAUUUUAGCUGAGGUUGUUUCAUACAAUACUGACAAGGCAAUCUAUGAAGUUGAAGAUGUUGAUGCUGAAGAAGGAAAAAUGCCCAAGCGUUAUACUCUACCACGCUCCAAAGUGAUACCAUUACCUAAAUGGAAGGCGAAUCCAGUCACACACCCUGAAGCUAUAUUCAAAAAGGGCACGACAGUUUUAGCUCUUUAUCCACAAACGACAUGUUUCUACAAGGCGAUCGUGGACGAAAUCCCAACUCACGUACAUGACGAAUAUUCUCUUUAUUUCGAAGAUUCAUCUUACCCUGAAGGUUAUGCUCCAGCUAUCAGGAUUCCUCAAAGAUAUAUUAUUGAAUGCCCUGCGAAUGAGUCGAUGACAAGUAAAAAUUUAGACAGCUCGAAAAAGCGCGGUAAAUAGAAACUGAAUUCAAUGUACCAUCAUAUAUAUAUAUGUACUCAUUUUUGUGUAAAUAAAACUAAAUGCUUCUUUGAAUUUUUCUUCCUAUAGUUAGAUUCUAAGGUUAAAAAAGUGCGCGUAAACUUUAAAUUCUUCAAGAUCAAUCUUUAACUGUUAAAUUUCAUGUUAAGCCAAGUAAUCUAUAAUGCAAUUAAUUUGUU